AGGGUUCACGCACGCUUGACAACGUUCUCUUCAGGAAAGGGUUUUUCUAGAGAUCGCUCUCGUCUUUCUCUCUUUUUUUCUCUGUAUCAAUCACAAUGUUGACUCUCACCUUGCCUUGUGCUUGCUUGCCAAAGAGAAGCAUCAGAACCUUGAGCAGCAGCGCUAAGGAGCUCCUCCGAUCAUCAUCAUCUAAGACACCUCUCUCGGAACCACCUCCCGACGCGCUCCCGACCCAAUCCCUCUCCCCAGCUCCGCCUGCCCAUUUCGCCCAAUUCCUCAAGACUCACGCCCAAGCAUCCCCUUCCUCCCUCCUCCGCCGCAUCCUCCACCACCCCCGCCUUCGCCCUUACGACCUCCACCUCUUCAACCCCUCCUCCUCCUCUUCUUCCUUUUCUCUCGAUCACUCCACCUAUGAACUCAUGGCCCGCUCCCUCGCCGCCUCCAACCGCCUCGACUCCCUCCUCCUCCUCCUUCGCCACCCUUGCCCUUGCUCAGACUCUGGCAUCUUCUCCUGCUCCCGCGCCGAACCCAUCUUCCGCCUCUCCCUCCUCGCCCUUCUCCGCGCCUCCCGCCUCAACGACGCCGAGUCCCUCUUCCAUACUCUCAAGAAAUCCCUCGACUCCUCCCGACCACCUGCUGACCUCUACAACAUCCUCAUCAACGGCUUCUCCAAACACAGCCUCUACGACAAAGCCCUCCAAUGGUACCACACCAUGCUCAAGGAUCGCGUCAAGCCGGAUACAUACACAUUUAACAUCUUAAUCAGCUGCUGCUGCCGGACGCGCAGUUUCGACAAUGCUCUGACAUGGUUCAAGGCCAUGAGAGCCCAAGGCUGUGACCCAAAUGUGGUGACUUUCAACACUCUCAUCUCAGGAUUCUUCAAAGAGAAAAGAUACAAAGAAGGCAUUGGAGUUGCGCGCGAGAUACUCGACCUUGGUCACAGCUUCUCAGUCGCUACCUGCGAGAUCUUGGUGAAGGGAUUAUGCGGCGAAGGAAAAGAGGAAGAAGCUUGCGAGCUCAUGAAGGAGUUCGUGAAGAGAGGAGCAGUGCCGGAUGGGUUCGAAUGGUUGGAGUUGAUCGAGAGGUUAUGCAGGAAGGACAAAGCGGGGAUUGCGCUGAAGGUGUUUGAUGAAAUGUGGGAGAGAGGUAGAGGGGUGAGUGCGGUGGCGUGCAGCGCAUUGAUGGAAGGGUUGAGGAGUGUGGGGAGGAACGAGGAGGCGUGUGGGGUGAUGGAGAGGAUGAUGGAGAAGGGGAUGGUGCCGGAUUUGGUUACUUGUAACUGUGUUUUGGAAGGGCUUUGUGAUGCUGGGAAGACAAAGGAUGCGAAUAGGUUGAGAGUGUUGGCGAUGAGGAAGGGGUUGAAACCUGAUGGUGUGACCUUUAGCAUAUUGAUUAGAGGGUUUUCUAGAGAAGGGAUGAGGAGAGAAGGGGAGGAGCUUGUGAAUGAGAUGUUGGAUGCUGGCUUUAUUGGGAAUAUUGCUGGUUAUAAUCAGUUGAUGAAGUGGCUGCAAAAUGGAGGAAGAUAGUUGUGAGAAUUUAUUAAUGAUUAAGUUGUUUAUUUUUUAUUUAUUAUUCAUAAAAAAUAUAUUAUUUGUAAUAAUUUAUAAUUUCUUUUUAUUCAUUGUCGGUGUUUGUCAUUAUCAUUGACUCAGACAUGAUGGGCAGUUGGCCAUCUGAGUUCAGUUUUCUCGGUGAACUCUCCCACCGAUAGUAUGUCCUUUGUUCUCUCCGAAUUAUUCAACA